UAUACAUUCCAUAAAAUGUCAACAACAUUAUACAAACUACCCAUAUUUUUUUACUAUCACGAGCAACUAUACAAACGACUAGAGUGCUUUGUGUAAAUAAAUUACACAUUAGGGAUUGAAAAUAUAAUUAUUCCUAAAAUUAAAAAUUAAAAAAAAAAUCCAAUUCCAAAUCCUACUUUGCUCCACAAGAACCAAUUAGAAGAACGCAUCCACCACAGGAUCAGAGUUCAGCGGCGCUUAUGCUAAAAAGGUCUGACCCGCUGCAUUUAGUGAAUGUUCUCUUUUUGGCAUUAGGGUAGAAGUAGAUCACAUAAUUCACACAUACUGCUUCCGUCUUCACAAAACUACAAAUUAACAUAAAUGAAAAAACCUGCAAAAACUGGGGAAAAAAGAAAAGAUAUAUAGCAGGAAAUGAUUACAAGCCGACAACACAGCCUCAACGAAAAUGAUAGACAGCGAAAAGAGCAUGAAAUUACCCAUGCAAAUUCUUGAAAUUUAUUGAGAAUUCAAAACCUGUCUUUGUAGCUUAUAGUAAUCUGUGUGUGCACUUUUAUGAUGGAUGUAGUAAGAAGUUGGUAUCUGAUAACAGUUUGAAGCCGUGAAAACUUCAGAGAGUGAAAUCCUCCAUGGCUACUUCUUCUUCCACCAAGAUUGACUUCUUCCCUCAUCACCCUACCCAGUUCACCCCUAUUGAAGAAGGCAAUGAAGAUGAGGAGUUUUCUCAGGGAAGAAGCAGCUUUAGAGCAACUCCGUCAAUGGAUAGGCGAGAAAGAUGCAAAGGGUCGUCAAGAAAGAGGCAAGAAAACGACAAGGCGACUGGGGUUUCGUGCAACCAGUGCAGGCCUAGCAAUAGGGAUAAAUUCUCAGUUGUUCACUUGGAGAAUAACGGAGUUCGCAGGCAUCGGUUGAUGGCCAGUCCAAAUGGGAUUUUCAAGUCGGUUUUAGCUUCUCUGGCACUCAAGAAAAGCCCCAAGUCAUCAGACUGCGUCUCCUCCGCCCUGUCAAUGGAGGAGCAGUGGAAGUUCGCGGUGGCGGAGCUCUCAAAUAAGUUGAUUCUGGCCAGCAGGAAGAGGGAUGAGGCUGUUCUUGAGGCUUCCAAGUUGAAGUACUCUGUUGCUGAGCUUGAGAAGAAACUGAACAAGCUGGAAAUUUACUGCCAUAGCUUGAAAUCUGGGCUUGAAGUUUGCAGCAGUGGGAAGAAUUCUCAGGUUAAUCUUCACUGCAUAAAAGUUGGUGAUCAAGAAAAAGUGGUUGAACAUUUCUUGGUUCUGCUUUCUGAGGCUAGAUCAUCGGUUCGGGUCCUGACCCGGAUAUUGGCCCUUCAGCUGAGACAAAUGGGGGGGAAGGUAUAUGAUCGGAUUGCUUUGCUUCUUCAACCUUAUGAUAUCAAGAUUUCUUACACAAGGAACACAAGAGGGAUUCUUCUUUAUUUUGAGGCGUUGCUGAAUAGGGCAUUCUUCGAGGACUUCGAAUCCAUCGGGUUCCAAAAGGGUGCCCCGAACCCGAUUCUGAACCCGAUUGAUCGUUGCAAGGCGAAUUUCACGAUGUUUAGCCGGUUGCAGGGGUUGGCAUGGGAGGAGGUGUUGAGCAAGGGGACCAGGCAUUUUAGUGAAGAUUUCAGCAAGUUUUGUGACAGGAGGAUGAGCGAGAUUGUCGCCAUGCUGGCUUGGGACCGGGCAUGGCCCGAACCGCUUCUGCAGGCCUUUUUCGGAGCUUCAAAGGCUGUGUGGUUGGUGCACCUUUUGGCUAAUUCGGUGCACCCGGGUCUGCCCAUUUUCAGAGUGGACAAUGGAGUUAGGUUUGACCCGGUUUACAUGGAGGAUAUGGGAGGAGAUAAGGCCAAGAAGCUCACACCCACAAUGGUUCGGAUCAUGGUUACACCCGGAUUCUAUGUCUAUAACAAUGUGGUUAAGAGCAAAGUGAUCUGCAGGUACCACAACAAUCACAAUGGUGGUAGCAUUAAUGAGUUGAAUGAUAUGGGCUUAACUCCUUCUCCUUUAUAGCAAAUGCAUCUCAACCAUCGGAUCAACGAACCAUUACAUAAAUUAAUCAACCAUGCUCGAUUUCACGUUGGACAAAAUUUUACGUACAUUUUCAAAUGUUUACCAUUAUCGGAAAAAAAAAUGAUUGCAUUUUUAAACACAUCGGAGAUGUGGGAUUCUUGUUAAGUGUAAGAUCAAGAUUUUGACGAAAUCUAAAGAAGAAUAUCAGGCUUUUAUAUCUCUACAAGCUGUCAGUGAAUUUAGAGUAUCGAAAGAUUACAACAAGUUCGAAAAAGAAUUGGACUCUUCUUGUUGCUUUUAUUUGCACUUAUCACUGAUGAGUUGGUCAAUGAUGUUGGUGGAUUGGCUUUGUAUCUUUGAGAUGUGCAGAUAAAGCUUUUGCAUAUGGAAUCUAAUCAUUAUAGUUUCCAUGAGUUGUUACCUUUUGGGGUCUAUUGCCAUUCUUAUUGUUGCUUUGAAGGCAUGUUGAUUUCUUUGGUGAUAUUCAAGUUUAAAUGUUGGGUGUGUAGAGAGGUAGUGGGACUAAUGCAUUUAGGGCCCCCUUGUUAAUAGCUUGGCAGGCUGAUGGCAAUAGUUGUAAAAUUUAGAAAAGCGAUCAAUUAUAUGGUAGGUUGUAUCAUAUUUGCUAUGUAAUUGGUUUAAUUCGGUCAGAUCUGAUUUGAGUAAGAAUUUUUCGAGUGGGGUGCCAUGAACAAAUUUGAAGUUAUAGGUUCGACGAGUCUUCCAGGAUG